AUGACGUCCUUUCAAAUUCUCUCCGACCUUCAUCUCGAAUCCCCCAACGCCUACGGCGUCUUCGAUAUUCCCCCCAAAGCCACCUAUCUCGCCCUUCUAGGGGACAUCGGAAACGUUUGUGAUGCAGAAAAUCGCGCGCAGCACGACUCGACUCUGGGGCUUGGGAAAUUUGUGUUUCUGGAUCAGACACGCUACGAUGUUUCUGAGAAUCUCACUGUGCUUGGAUGCACCCUUUACUCGCAUGUUCCCGCCGAGCAGGAGGAGAGAGUCAGUUUUGGCUUAAAUGACUUCUAUUAUAUCAAGGACUGGACCAUUGCGGACCACAACAAUGCACACGCGGCAGAUCUGGCGUGGCUGAAUGACCAAGUUGCCACCAUCUCUACUGCAGAGCCAGAAAGGAGAAUUGUGAUUUUUACCCAUCACAGUCCAAUUACUCAGGACCCCAGAGCGGUUGACCCGGCACACUCUGGCAGCGUGAUUAGCUCUGGGUUUGCGAGCGAUUUGAGCAGACAGGAGUGUUUGAGGAAUGCAAAGGUGUGCAUGUGGGCGUUCGGGCAUACACAUUUUAAUUUUGAUUUCUUGAUGCAGAGUGAGGAUGGGCAUCAGAAGAGAAUUGUGAGCAAUCAGCGGGGAUAUUACUUCAGGCAAGCUCAGAGGUUCAAUGUGGAGAAAGUUGUGACAGUCUAG